GGGGGAAUAUGGCGGAAGCUCCGGUGGAGGAGAGCGUGAGCCCGAUCCUGUUACCAGGCACCGGCUCGGUAGCAACCGGCCUCCUGAGCCAACUCCAAGCAACAUCCUGGGACCCGACACUCAGCACAGACUGGGACAGCGAGAAGCCAUCACAGCCCUGUCUGCUCCGCAUCAAAAGGGAUAUCAUGUCUAUUUACAAAGAACCUCCGCCAGGGAUGUUUGUUGUCCCAGACCCACAAGAUAUGACUAAGAUUCAUGCACUAAUUACAGGACCCUUUGAUACUCCUUACGAAGGAGGGUUUUUCCUUUUUCUCUUUCGCUGUCCUCCUGACUAUCCAAUCCAUCCACCAAGAGUCAAGCUCAUGACAACUGGAAACAACACUGUGCGGUUUAACCCAAACUUCUACCGGAAUGGCAAAGUUUGCCUCAGCAUCCUCGGCACGUGGACAGGGCCUGCCUGGAGCCCAGCCCAAAGCAUCUCUUCUGUACUCAUAUCCAUUCAGUCCCUUAUGACUGAGAACCCAUAUCACAAUGAACCAGGUUUUGAACAGGAGAGGCAUCCUGGAGAUAGUAAAAAUUACAACGAAUGCAUAAGGCAUGAAUCCAUCAGAGUAGCUGUUUGCGAUAUGUUAGAUGGCAAGUGUCUGUGUCCAGAUGCACUAAGAAGUGUGAUGGAGAAAUCUUUCCUGGAAUUCUAUGAUUUCUAUGAACUGUCUUGUAAGGACCGACUUCAUCUACAGGGACAAACCAUGCAGGAUCCUUUUGGGGAGAGGCGAGGUCAUUUUGAUUACCAGACCUUACUGAAUCGCCUGCAAGCCAUAAGACAGAGGUUGAAAAAGAAAAAUGAAGAAGAGGCAAUAGAGGCAGACUCUGACAGCAGCUCUUCAGGAACUGAGCAAGACAGUCAAGGCACUUCUCACCCUUAGAAUACGAACACUGGGACAGCCCAUGUAUGUAAUGGUGAGGAUCCAGGGAAGCUGGGCUAAAGCUCAGGCAUCCAGGAGUGAGACCUCUCACGUGGUUUUGUAUAUAGACCAAGGAUCUGGUAUCUUUGUGGAAGCCUGUUUUUACUCAGCUUUGGCUUUGUAAUGGUAGAAAGGAGAGAACUGGCUUGGGUAAGAAUCACUUGAUUAUAAUUUUUUAAAGUUUUAGCUCUCCAAUCUAUACUUUUUUUUGCAGGGCAAUAUUUUCACUGUAAAACAUUGCUCUGUAAUGUCCAUUGUUACCCAUAAGGUUUAGCCUCUUGCCUCAUCAGUAUAGCCACCUGUGGGAAACAGUGUGGAUGUUUUUUUUUUAAAAUAUACUGAGAUCUAUACGAGAACAUCUCUGGAGACGAUCUCUGGUAUGAUGAGACUGUCCAGGUAUUCAUGGAUCACACUUCCAGUCAUCUUGCACGGCACCAUACAAUGGGUACUCUGAGGCUGGUGUCUGACAGCUGUGUUUAAAUGUUAACUACAAAAUCCACAGAAUUAAUUUACUUCAUUUAACAAUCACUUUUCCUGAUAUGGUGUUGAAUCUGUUGCAAAUUGAUACAAGUACCUGUUUUAAUCCAUUCAAUCUUUCAAACAGAAUCCAACACACUUUUGUUAAAUGUGUGGCAAGUGACAGAAAAGCUGUUUACUUAAGGGUUGUUUCAUGUUUAAUUCAGAUGGGUCAAACAUGGAUUUUUUUCAUGUUUCUCUUUUGUGGAGGGUCUCUAUAAAACUCACCAAGCAAGCCCUGUACUGAUCUAUGGCACCACAUAGCUGUACUGAUACUGGAUUUCUCUUGCAGCACAGUACCAACGUUAAAGGAAAAGUGACAGUCAUUAUAACCCCUUUUAUUGGCUUCCCAAAGAUGCAUAUAUUUUAGAGAGAAAUGUCUGUAUACUAUAUAAACCAGUCAUUCUUUUAGGAGAGACUUGAUCUGAUGUUCAGUCCACAACUUGGCAAAUGUCCUGAGUUCAUCACAGUCUGCUCUAUUUGCAUGCAUGGUGGCUGAAAACGUUGCACAUUGGUAACCUGUUCUGAAAUCUGUUACCCCUGUUUAGAAAGUUUGUAAGCGGGGGUUGAGCUGUAGAAAUAAACGGGGACAUGAUGAAAA